AUGGCAGGCUGGACAACCAUCAAAGCACCGACCAAGAAGAGGUCUACCACCACGAAGAAACGAAAGUCCAGCAAGAAGGCAGCCAUGGGAUGGACCUUGCCAGCCGAAAUGAAACUCAAACUUGCUUCGUCUUCUUCGUCUUGCACGACCAAAAGUAAGAAGAAUGACAAGAACGCUACUAACAAUAACACUAAUAAUAAUAGCACCAACAAGAGGAGCAGGAGCAGCCCCAAAAGCGUGGUAUUGGCGGAUGCGCUUGCUGCUCCGGAACCCAACAAGGCAGUCAAAGUAUUGGAUAUGCCGUCCAAGGAAGUAUCAUCCUCAUCAUCAUCAUCCUCAUCAGCACCAUCCUCCGAAACGGAAGAUGAAGAUGAUGCUCCUAACAGCAGUACUACCAAGGCUGCAACUCCGGUCAUUGAAACUGCGGUAACAUCCAACUGA